AUGGAUAAAUUAUCGAAAUUAAAUAAUAAUAAUAAUAAUAAUCGAUUGUUCGAAGACGACGAAUUUCCAGCGGAUUCUUCGUCCAUUUGUUUUUACAAUUUACCACAAGAAUUGUCGGAUGGAGGAGUUAAAUGGUUGAGACCUCACGAAAUAACAAAAACUCCUUUUCUAUUCGUCGAUGGAACUAACAGAAGAGACGUUAAACAAGGAAUAUUGGGUGAUUGUUGGUUUUUAUCUGCAUGUGCUUCUGUGGCAAAAAAACAAGAUCUCAUAGAGAAAGUGAUCGAUCCCAAUCAGAAAUUAUUCGGGGAAGGUUAUAAGGGAGUAUUGGUUGUUAAAUUUUGGAGAUUCGGUGAUUGGGUAUCAGUUUGCAUCGAUGAUAGGCUGCCAACAAAAAAUGGCCGUUUAAUUUUUGGAAGUUGCAUAGAUAAAACGGAAUUUUGGCUUGCAAUGGUAGAAAAAGCUUAUGCCAAAUUACACGGGAGUUACGAAGCUUUGGUCGGUGGUCACGCACUCGAAGCAUUUGUCGAUUUAACCGGAGGAAUCGCGGAAACGAUACAAGUUUCUUCUGGUGAUACGUUUAAUCAAUUGAAAUUAUUAUUUUCUCAUGGAGCGUUCAUUACGUGCUCUAGAAAAGGGGAAACCGAUCAUCAUAAAGAUUGCAGGAAACACAUUCUUAGUUCUAAUGGUCUCAUAGAAGGACACGCGUAUAGCGUCACAUGUGUAACAACAAUAAAAUUGUUAAAUAAAAAUUUUGUAGAAUUAAUAAGAUUGAGAAAUCCUUGGGGAGAUGCUGUGGAAUGGGAUGGAGCUUGGAGUGAUAGGAGUUCCGAAUGGGAUAACGUUUCCGAUGAAGAAAAAAAAAAAUUAAAAUUAUUAGCUAAAGACGAUGGUGAAUUUUGGAUGGGAUUUAAUCAUUUUAAAAAAGAAUUCGAAGAAAUAACGGUUGCUACCAUCGGACCAGAUUUCGAUCAAGAUGGCUUACCAGACGUUCCUUUGGAAGUAAGCACUAUAAAAAGCUGUUGGAAAAAAGGAAUAAAUGCUGGAGGUUCCAGGAACGAUCCGGAAAAAUUUUCACUUAAUCCACAAUAUUUAUUACAUUUAAAAGAAUCCUGUUGGUCUAAGGAGGGGAAUGAAUGUAGCAGCGUUUUGGUUGGAUUAAUGCAAGAACACAGGAGAAGUGAAAAAAAUAAAAGAUUAGCCAUGAUUCCAAUCGGAUUUUUUAUUUAUAAGACUGACACGCCGUUCGAACGAUUAGGACCUGAAUAUUUUCUUUGCAUGCCUGAAGAAUCAAGUUCUGGUGAUUUUACAAAUCGACGAGAAGUCAUAGUUAGAACAAAUUUAAAACCCGGAUAUUACGUCAUAAUACCGGCAACCUUUUUCCCAGAUACGGAAACGAAUUUCAUGAUUCGCGUUUUUUCACUGCAACCUUUUAUUUUAAAAGAAAUAACGAAUGAAAAUGAUGACGAAUUUACACGAAAGUUACCGGAAGUGCCCGAAAAUAAUAAUAAUAAUUUCAAUACCGGUUUUUCUUAUGAUGAUUUUCAUCGAUGA